AUGCUACCGAAUGACAAACUUGAACAGCUUCAAAACGAGUACGCCAUACUUCACCUUCUCUAUCACAGAAACUACAACCAGCACAGAGUGGCUGUUUGGUGGCGGUAUUUUGAUAUGAUCCACAGGGGAGUGAGGAAAGUGCUACGAGGAAUCUAUGAAGCCCAGGAGGCAAAGAAGAUACGAAGGAGAGAGGAGUUGGAGAAGGAAGUUGCUGCAGUGGCAUCUCACUUGCUUACUAGAGUGAUGGGGAAAGCGUUUUAUCAUUUCCAUUCGGUGAUCGCCUUGGGUCAAUUUGUCAAUUUAGGGUUUGUCUUGGUGGCCAACUUGAGUGCCCUUAGAUCGCUACUAUUAGAGAUUGAGGGCGUUCAAAGCAGGAGACACAUGCAAGAGAAACCUUUGAAAUCUGUUAAAAUCGAUGCUGAUGAUAUUGGCGAGGAGUUGACUAUUGAUCUGGUAUCAAAGCCUGAACCUCUGCCAGAGGUCAGGACCAUAGACUUGUUUGAGGACAUUGCUCCAAAAAAACGCUCAAGAGAGGAACCAGAUUCAGGCAAGAGUGAAAAGAAGAAGAAGAAAAAGAAGAAGAAAUCCAAGUCUGCCAUCGACGACAUCUUUGGCUAA